UUCUGAUUGGUCGGUUUCGGAGACUCUUGUCCCGUGUGAUACUUCGCCUCAGGGUCACGUCUCCUUCCGUAUGACCCCGUGACGUGACGUAGCGAACACCGCCAAUAGACGAACCGAUAGGGCGAUCGUGUGAGAAAAAUGACUGCAAAGUACGUGGGCGAAGUGGGUUUCAAUGCUAAAGGGGAUACAUCUAUAUCACAGAAUAAUCCGAACGUAGUGAUUAAGAGUGUCCAAUUCGAGACCAGUCGUGUAACUCCGUCAAAGAUGGGCAGUCUGACAGAAAGCGCCCAACAGGUGUCGCCUAACGUGUUCACCAAACCUUCUUUCAGCAGACGACAGUACAGUAAACGUAGAACGUCGUCGUCAACAUCGUCGUCGUCGCUAGACCACGUGGACGACUCGAAAGAUCCACCGACGCCGCCGCUGUCGCCGUCGUCUCGUAAAAGCCGAAAGAUGGAUGGUUUCGGCAACAGUUUUGACCCAUACCAAGUAUUUCAGGUGGAUCAUUUACCAUGUAUGAUUUUGAAAGUCAGGGUAGUGAAAGGACAAUAUAUCACGAAAGGAUGGGCACAGGAUUUCAUUGACACGCCCGACCCUUACAUUUCUCUGAGAGUGAGGACCGCCCCUGAGGGCAGGAAGCGGACGAAAACGAUCGACAACACACAGAACCCAAUAUGGAACGAAACCUUCACAUUUUACCUGGACUUCAGAGAGAGGAACACACUACAAAUCACUUUGAUGGAGGCGAACACUUUCAUCGAUCAGCAGUUGGGAACUCAGUAUUUCGACAUCAACCGACUCAGGUGGGAGCAAUGGCAGAAGGAAACGUUUAUCUUCAACGAAGUAUCGGAGGUGUACGUCGAGAUGAUGCUGUGCUGGGAUAAAAACCCGACUCUGCGAUACAGUCUGUGUCUCUGUGACGACGAGAAGACGUUUCUAGAACGAAGAAAACAGAAGGUUCUAGUCGCCAUGAGGAAGCUUCUAGGCGAGGAUCAGGGACCGAAGAAUUUAAGCGAAGUUCCGAAUAUUGGUGUGAUAGGCUCUGGCGGAGGAUUUCGGGCAAUGGUUGCGUUCAGUGGAGUGUUUAAAGCCCUGGCAGACAGUGGCAUUUUGGACUGUACCACGUACGCGUGUGGCCUCUCUGGGUCGUCAUGGUAUAUCUCCACACUCUACUCGCACCCGAAGUGGCCCGAGAUGAAGCCAGGCGACAUUCAGGACGAGAUUAAGAACAACAUCGACUCCAGCAUCAUGUGGCUGCUCAAGCCGCAGAGCGUGUAUCGGUAUCUGGAGAGGAUUCUACAGAAACGGCGAGAGGGACAGCCCGUCAGCUUUACCGACUUCUUUGGCCACAUGGUUGGGGAGACGCUUCUUAAAGGGCGCCUGGACAUGAAGUUGACCGACCAGAGAGAUAAAAUCAGCGAGGGAGACACCCCCAUGCCACUGUACACGUGUGUACACGUUAAGAAAGACGUGCCGGCCAGAUCAUUUCAAGAAUGGGUUGAAUUUUCGCCAUACGAGAUUGGCCUUCCUAAGUAUGGGACGUUCAUGGAUUCGAAACUGUUCGGCAGCAAGUUCUUCAUGGGCAAGCUGUGUCGGAAGUACGAGGAGCCUCCGCUCCACUUCCUGCAGGGCAUCUGGGGCAGCGCGUUCUGCAUCCUCUUCAAACGUCUGCUGGAGGACAACAGAAAACUAGACCCAGCAGAGAUGAUCAGACAGGAGUUAGGUAAGGAGCUGGAACGAAACCAACUAGAGGACAGCGACACAAGCGAUUGUAGCGACGAAGAGGACGACGUUGACGAUGACAUAGGCUACGGUAGCAGCAACAAUAUCCACGCCAACAACAGUAACGGCCAUAACCUUGUGAAUGGCAGCAGCAGUAGUAGUAACAAUAGUAGCAACAUCAACGGAAGCAGCAUCAACAAAAGCAGCAGCAGCAACAGUGGCAAUAGCAACAGUAGCAGCAGCAGCAACAGCAGCAACAGUAGCACCAUCACAAGCAGUACUGACGAUAGACAGUGUACCGAGGAUUCCCAGAGUGAUGCGCCAUCACCAAAGAAGCAGAACAGAGUGUCGUUCAACCCAGACGUUGUCGAGGUUGAGAUCCCCAGACCGAUCAGGCCUAACAACGGACUGACGAGAGCUGCGUCCACACACAAGUCGAGGCAGUGGAGUUACUGGCACAACAUGCUUCAGGGAGUCUUUGAAAACAAGAAGUUCGAGCUACUGAGCACGCGAGCCGGUCGCGCCGCCGUCAUCCACAACUUCAUGCGUGGACUGUCGCUCCAGAAGAGCUACCCAAUGUCCCCGUUCACCCCGAUCGAGAAGAGGAUCAACCAGGGCGACGAGUUUGACGGCAACUUCGAGAUGCACCCGACCAACAUCAAACACAUCUAUAUGGUGGACGCCGGACUUACGUUCAACUCCCCGUACCCACUCGUGCUGCGACCUCAGCGUGGCGUCGACAUCAUCUUGUCAUUCGACUUUAGCGCUCGCCCCAGCGACAGCACUGAGCCGUUCAAGGAAUUGCUCCUAGCUGAGCAAUGGGCCAAGGUCAACCGUCUGCCAUUUCCUCCCAUUGAUCGCAGCGUGUUUGACCGAGAGGGCAUGAAGGAGCUGUACAUCUUCAAACACCCGACCGACCCCUACUGCCCUGUUGUCCUACACUUUGUGUUGGUGAACAUCAACUUCAGACAGUUUUCAAAACCAGGGGUACCAAGAACCACAAAGGAGGACCUGGAUUUUGCAGACUUCGACUUGUUCGACGACCCUGCCACCCCGUACUCGACCUUCAACUUCAAAUACACACACGAGCAGUUCACGCGUCUGGCCCAGCUGACGGAGUUCAACACCCUUCUGAACGUGGACGAGAUCAAGAAGACGAUCUGCGAGUGCAUCCAGAGGAAGCGGGACAACCCACGGCGAGGACCCGUGGGCCACAAGGCCAUCAAACUCCUGAGGAUGCAGAGCAUCAAGGAACUCAAAAGACGAAAGAAGAUGCUCCAGAGAGUCGAAAGUCACUGUACAAUCGGUGCUUCACAAUCUUCUAUGUCUUCCCCCGAGACUCCGUACUUCCAAGCCAGCGAUGAGCACCCUCUGUCCCAGGCAUCCUUAGAAAAGGUGACGUCUUCCAUGCAGAUGGUGGAGGAAGACUCCGUGACCAGCGACAGGUUAAAGGAAAGGAGAAGGACCCUCACCCGACAGAAUACUCUAGGCUCGUUGAACAGUAUUACAGAAUCGUGUUCGUUAGAUUCACCCGAGAUUGAGAGCAAAGAUUUGCCAGACGGCGGUGGUGGAAUGACUCAUGCCUUUUAUCCAUUUCUCCCGCAUGAACAUGACAUGGAUGACGACUCUGACGAUGGUGAUGAUGAUGAGGAUGAUGACAUCUUUUAUGAUGCCCAACCAGGCGAUUUCUUUUCUGAGACAUUUGGCACAUGAUGCAAGCUAGCUUCGUAAGUCUUUAAACCUUGUGCACCAUUUGCUACCAAGCAGUUGUCUCAAGUGUUCCAUCCAGUUCUAGCAGCUGACACAAUUAUUUUGAUGCUGCUGCUGCUGCUGAUGUUGAUGUUGAUGAUGAUCACGACAUGAUUAAUGUCCUACCCGGUACCUCUGCUGGGACAUUGAAAUAAUGUGGCACAUGUUACCAAUAAUCAAACAUGGACUACAGAUUGUAGCAGAAAAAGGGAUUCCUUAAAACGUCAUCGCAAGGAGGUACUUAAAGACGAUGGGAUUGUAUUAGGACAUCUGGAGACACAUUCAGUGUCACUCACCAUUCAUCAGAAAGUCAUGUAUCAUCGUGAUACUUCAUAACAUUAUAUACUGCCAUGACUUAUAAUGAGACUUUUCACAUUGUUGGCUGCAAGAAACGGCAUUUGAGAACAAACAGAACAUUUACGAACGAUAUGUCCAGGUUCGUACCUGAGAUGGAGUAGCAGUUACGACCCCAGAAAAACACCGAAAAGUGCCAAUUUAAUUUUGUUUUUAAUGUUCUUCUUCUAGCUGAAUAAUACCGUAGUUCUCCUUCACAGAGCCUCUUAGUUGUUUCAAGCUAGACACAGAACAGAACAGAACAUACAGAAUACUCAAAUUGAUCUCCUUGUCCCAGCAAUCGUUGCUCCGCCCAGCUAUUAGGUUGUGCAUUAUGUGAUAUUAUGUCAUUAUGACGUCAUCUUUCGUAUUUUACACACGUGUAAAUAAUUAUGCAAUAAAACAUAUGCAGUA